UAGGGUUUUAGGAGGAGCUUUUUGGUUUUCGAGAAAAGAAGAGAGGAAGUGACGGUGAUGAUGGCUACAUCAAAACUGCUUCGAAGGUACAUCGGAAUUCUAGAAGCGGCGAAGGUUUCCUCUGCUUCUUUUGCUUCCUCUUCCAGUGGAAAUGGAAAGGGGCUUAUGCGGUUACAACCCGUCUCUCCACAGCUGGGCAAGUUCCUUGGAUCUUCCGAAGCUUCUCGCGCGGACGCCACUAAAAAGAUCUGGGAAUACAUCAAGCUCCACAAUCUCCAGAAUCCUGCAAACAAGAAGGAGAUUAUUUGUGAUGAGAAGUUGAAGACGAUAUUCGAUGGCAAGGACAGAGUUGGAAUGUUAGAGGUGGCCAAAUAUCUGUCCCCACAUUUUGUGAAAUCUAAAUAAUGCUUGGCAUAGCCUUGUUGGAACUUUAUGAUCUUUUUGGUACUAAUGCUCCCAAUGGUUAAAUAUGCUAUUUGUGAUUCAUGAUGA